CUCAUCUAGUUAGGAGGAGGGAAGGAUCUGUAACAGCAGAAGGAAAAGAAAGAAAGCAGAAAGUCAUAAUAGGGAGUAAUGCAUCAAGAAGAGGGAGGCAUACAUGCAGUACAGUGUGAGUAUGUGUUGUUUCUAACAGUGAGGUAGGAGGAGAGGAGGAACGGGAGAAGGAGGAGGAAGGGGUGCUUCCUCUUCAGUCUGGGCUGAGCUGCUGAUGUAUUCCAGCAGCCCCAACCUUGGUAUAAAAAGUCAGUAGCAGAGGGAACCCUCCUAAGUGUCUCCUACGCCGCAGCAUGACCAGGACCGAGAGCCUGAGAGUGUGGACUUAACAAAACAAUGCCCAGCCUAAUUGUCGAACCACUCAACACUCAACACUUCAUCAUGGACAGAGAUGACAGGAACAGAAACAAGACCAUUGGAAAGAACUUUAUGUGCCGACUUCAGUGCAUGUUCUCACACUCAUCAAGCUCUGAGAGGCUAAGUUUAGAAGAUACCCAACAAUGGUCACAGUCACUGGAACGGCUUCUCGAGUCUAAAUAUGGACUGGCUACUUUUCGCAACUUUCUCAAAUCUGAAUACAGCGAUGAGAAUAUUGAGUUCUGGCUCACCUGUGAGGACUACAAGAAGAUCAAGUCUUCGUUCAGAAUGUCCUCAAGAGCCAAGAAGAUUUAUGAGCAGUUCAUCAAAGCAGAAUCCCCUAAAGAAAUCAACAUUGACUAUCACACCCGAGAGCAGAUCAAAAGGAACGUCAAGACUCCCACCAUGUACUGCUUUGACGACGCUCAGAAGAUAGUUUAUGGGCUGAUGGAAAGAGACUCGUACCCGCGGUUCCUCCGCUCAGACAUUUAUAGAACUCUCUUGGAAAACCUUGCCGCUGACGCCACGAAGGGAUGAAGGCGUAGCCAGGGGGAGAGAAAAAGGACAUAAAACCCAUAACUGGAAUGUUUGAGCUCCUUCAGGAGGAAGGACUGACAACAGCAAAGGAAGCGGAGGGUCGACACGGACACAUACAGAGACACACCUCGGGGUCCUCACUAGAUCAAAAAGCAAACUGUGUCCCAACUAGUCUGGUCCCAUCAUGGGAGGAUGCCCACACUGAUCACCUUGCACCUGAGGGCCGUGCAAGAAGUAGAAGAAGAAGAAGAAACAUAACUAGCCUUAAUGAUUAUGACCCUGUAGCGUGUGUUUGCACUGGAUGUUAAGUCUGUGUAAGUAGGCGAUCUGACCACAUUUUGACAAUUAAGGAUUCAGUGGGGCGACCGGCACUCACUCUGACGGUGGAGCUGUGUAAGAAAACCAUUCAGCGGACCUCCUUUAACCUUCUUUGCAGAGGUGUUUCCUGUGCAGAUAAAGACAGAGGAUGUAAGAUGCAACAGUUACACUCGAUUAGUUGUGUGUUUGUGUGUGUCUUAGAGAGAGAGAAUGUGAGUAUUAGUUGUAGCUUUUGCCACUGACACAGAAUAAGCUGUCACAAUAAGAGUUGGCCAAUUAUCUAAUGACAGCACUAAGGAAGCCAAAAAAACAGAGGAAUCAAUAGUAAAAUGUCAUCCUUAGUUGCAGGGUUGCAGGAGGGCACUUCGUUCUGGGACACUUUAAAUGGAUUUAAUGGUUUUGUUUUUUUGUUUUAGAUAGGGGAUAUGGGGUUUGCCCAUGGUUGAUAUUCUGUGCUGAUAUCCAAUAUCGUUAAGGUUUAUUAUUUUCAAACUACAAAAAAAGUAAAAGUAGUAUUUUAUUCCAAUAGAAAUCCAGGAUAAAUAUAUUUUAUAUGAUGACAAAACAUAAUCAUGCACAGUUUUGUGUGGAAUCUGAAUCAAACCCAGCACUAUAGCAACUGAGAACUUUCCAUUGAAAUUAGACAUCUUAAUUUAAUUCCUCAGCACACAACUGCUGGCCGUUACCUUAGCCUAAUCCAGAUCCUUACAGCACUGAAGUGUCAAGAGUUGUCAUUUUCUGUAAUUAACUAUUUGAGUGGAAUUACUAUAGAGAUAGAAUGUUUCACCUUGCAUGACAGGAUGUUAAAACUCCUUGUAUUCCCUGAGAAUAUGCCUUGUUGUUGCUUUCCAAAGCAUGUUGUUUGAAUGUGUUCUUAGGUAGUCCUAGGGGUUAGUAGUUAAUUUAACUUAAACGUUAAACAGUGUAUUAUUUAUUGAUAAUUGUCACCAUUUGAGUAUAAAGUUUGUUGCGGUGUUGAAGUGCUUGUUAAAAUGUUAGUGAUUUGAAUGACAUUAAAUUAUUUAAAUUGCCCACUUGAAACAAAGUGAAAUUUCUUAGUAACACAGACAACUCUCUUGUUCCUGCUCUGUUUUUUCCACAUUACAGCUUUUAGUACUUUGUGCUCUGAAGUUUAGGCUUGUGGUCUGUUUAAAGAAGAGAACAACACACUUCCAGUGAAAUACAUCUUAAAACAUUGCAUUAGAAAAUUAAUUGGCUGCAUAAUGAUUGUCUGUUAUAUAUUUAAAGCAAUACUCCAGCGUCCAAGCAUGGAAGCAUAAAUGCCGUGCCAAGUUCUAGUGGGCCGAAGGCUUAUUUUAACUAUUAUGGAGAAGCAACUACACUGCAGUGUGUUAUUGUCAGGAGUUAACACUCCAUCCUACUAAGUGACAAAGUGUAUAUACACUAAAUUUUUCAUAAAUAAUGCUAGUGGUUUCUCAUUUUAAAAAAUAAACCUUGGGAGAAACCCUUCUCGAUUAAGAAGGUGGACAUUCACAAUAAGGAAGUGUGUACAGAUAUGCAGUAAGUAAGAAUAUAAUCCACCCAUAGUAACAAAAUAUUUUAAAGAAAAUUCAUCAUAAUCAUCAUUUUGUUGGCUUGGAAUGUAAUUUUCUGUUUUCAAACUUUAUGGGACAUUACAUCAAAGUAAAACUUAUCCUUGUGGUAUCUGACAAAGGA